CAUCCACCAGCGGUGUAGUGUGCAGUGAUGACACAUGACUGGACAGACUGCGCAAGUCUGCAUAUUAUGAUUGCCCUUUUUAUAUCUGAUAUUUCAAUUGGACAAUUUUUUACUACUAUGACCUGUUUCUCGACUUGUUACCCAAUCACAGCUCGUGACCUUUACACAACAAUCGUAUCACAUGAUUAAAUCGUUGAGUGGUUCAUCAGCUGCGCUAGCCAUAUUGCCAUUCAGAAGAGUCGACAAGCCGCUGAUUAAACACACGAAAAUACACUUCACGCUCGAAAUCAGACCGAGGAAAGGAUUUGGCUGAAUCGUAGAAGAUUUCUAGAUAUUAAUUUGUAUUUUUAAAUUAUUUCUGUUUCAAAAUGACUGACACAAGUCCAGCAUACACGCCCUUUUUCGGUGUCAUGGGAGCCACAUCGGCAAUGGUAUUCAGUGCCCUCGGAGCAGCCUAUGGCACGGCAAAGAGUGGUACCGGAGUGGCCGCCAUGAGUGUGAUGAGGCCAGAGCUUAUCAUGAAGUCUAUCAUCCCUGUUGUUAUGGCUGGUAUCGUCGGUAUCUAUGGUCUGGUUGUUGCUGCUGUCAUUGCCAAUGGAAUCCCUUCAGAUGCAGGUGCUUACACACUAUACAAGAGUUUUAUGCACUUGGGUGCCGGUCUUAGCGUUGGAUUGAGCGGACUUGCUGCUGGCUUUGCUAUUGGAAUAGUAGGAGACGCGGGUGUUAGAGGUACAGCGCAACAACCAAGGCUCUUUGUAGGAAUGAUCAUCAUCCUUAUCUUUGCAGAAGUUCUAGGUCUAUACGGUCUGAUUGUGGCCCUGGUGUUGUCAACAAAAUAGACCACCCCCCCCCCUCAAAAAUGUAAUAGUAAUUAUUUGAAUGAUUAGGUAUGAUUGGGCCCCCGUUUAUAUCUCCGUUGAUGUAGUGUUUCAAUCAAUCGAUGUGGUGCCCCAAUAUAUUUGGGUCUGCUUAUGAUGUCAAGGAACAUGGAAAUUCCCAUUGCAAUGAAUGUGAAUUGGUAUUCAAUUGUUCCAAUCAGGAUAUAGACAGAUCUUUGGUUCUUGGGUUUAUUCUGUUUAAUUAAUUUAGUACAUGUAGGUGUAAUGUGCAGUACUUCUCUUUUUCCCAAUCGAAAGGAAUAUCUGAGAGAAAUGUUGUACAUUGAUUAAACUUGAUCCUCUUCUAAUAAACAACCACCUUUCUUCUCUAAUCCCCCCCCCCCCCGAGCAAUAUUAAAUGUUAAUGGUCUGUACAGUGAAACAUUGUAAUUGAUCGCCUGUGACAUUGUAGUUUAUGUUGGUUUAUUGUUUAUCAUUAUUAUUAUUAUUAUUAACAUAGGUAUAUUUUUCAUGCAAGCUUGCUUGAAAAAAAAACACUGAUGUCCGUUGUCAAUAGUUAAGGGUUAAUGUGCAAAACAAUUCUUUCAUAUAAUCUUUGGAAAAUGGUGAAAUUUGUUUUAUAUGGGAUUCUUCUUUGUUAAUGUUUAGUUUGUGUCAAGCUUGGAGUAAAGUACUAGUUGUAGUAGCCUAUAUAUAUAUUUCCAAUCACUGUAUAUUGGAUUGAUAGACUCUUUAAUAUGUGAUUCAAAUGUGGUUUGUUGAAUUAUGUUUUAUUAAUGUAAAUUCAUGCUAGUCCUGAAAAAAAAACCCAGACAAACACAAGAACAUUUCAUUACUAGUACAUUUGAUUUUACAAAAUCAUUAUAUGAUAUCAUCAACUCCAAAAUGAAGUUUUAUACGUGUACAUGUAGUUAUCUGGUCUUGAAGAAGUUGCCCACUUAUACACGUACAUUUAUAAUUUUUUCAUAACUUUCAUUCUAAUCUCGGUUCCGCCAGCAUUAUCUAUCAUGCUUUACAUUGAAUCACGUGUUGCUACUUGAAUAACAGAAAGAAUUUAUUAAACUAAAUUGUAAAGAUUGAGUUGACCAUGUUUCACCCGCAGGAUUACCGAUAUUAUUGAAUACUGAGUCCAAGGUGAAAUUUGAAUUUGUUUAUUCACAUAGUGAGGACACUAAAUUGUGUAAAUAAUGUACUUUUGGACCUUGUAUGUAUUCAUAUGUACAAGACCUUUCAAGGAACCUUAUCAAAUUUGAUGCAAAUAUUUUUUUCUGCACUUUGAUGGCAAAUGCCACUGCCAAAUUAUGUAAAAUAUCGGACACAUCUCUUCCUUUUACCUGAUUUUUCCAUUUUAACAAAGUUAGAUGCAUUUGUAUAUAAACACAUAUAUAUUCUGAAAGAGACUGGUUUGUCCAGAUCAAGAUUUAUUUCAUUUUCCACCUAGGUUAUAGUGCAUUCUAUGUAACCAAAGUUAUAGCUAUAUCUGGGAGAAAUGAUGUGAUAAGCAUGUACAUUGAAACUUUCUAAUAUCAGUGAAGUUUGACUUUCUGACAUGGGCUGUUAAAACAUAUCUCAAAACGCAUUUUUUAAGGACAUCUCAGAAAAUGCCGUGUUCUUGAAAUAUGGCAACCUCAUGUUGCCUGAAAACGGUCUCCUUAUUCCUAUAGAGAGAACUCUUUUGAAGCAAAAGAAAGUUGUCACCUGCGUCAUUACUCCAUUAAUAGAGGAUUUUCUGAGCUCUCCUCAAAAAGUUUUUGAAUUUGGAGAGUUUUAACAGCCCACCAACAAAAUUUGUUUUGUAUGAAUACAUGAUGUGGUAUCUCUGGGUUUUAAGCAAUACAAUAGGAUGAAACUAGAAAGUAAUCUUCAGUCAAAGAACAACUGUUCAGCAAAAGAAAAUUAAAACGGGUAAAUGAUUGAAGGGUUUACAAAUAUUCUUGUACGAAAGUGGCAGUCAUACUUCUGUUUCCACUAAAUAAAGGCAUUACUAGACUGGUACCACAGACCUGUUGGGUAUAUCAAAGAGUUAAGUAUGACUUACAUGUAGAGUCGCACUUAAAUGCUGACGCGUACACGAUAUGAAACCCGCAAUCAUAUUGAUAAAUACGCAGUAGCGCGCGUCCUCUUGGCAUAAUGUGACCAAUGCGGUCAUGCCUUUUAUACCACACGCAACUAGGCAAUACCCCCCAGGCUAAUACAGGACUUUUGUAAAAUGUACAUUAGAGUUGAGAAAAGAAAGUAACAUACAUGUGGGUUGAUGAAGUCAUUUUCCCCAUCAAGCAAUAUGUCUUGUAAAAACAAUGAGAAUGAAUUGAUGUUGUUUGGGAGGCUGAAAGACGACAAGGUAAUCAGUACUGUAUUGACUUCACACUCUUUUCCAGUUUUCUGUCGAUUUCUUCCUCUGAUAAUAGCAUGCAGUAUGAUAUAAGAGCUUCUCCUAUGAAUACACACAUUUGUAUGAUUAAGAAUGCCAUAUUAUUUGACAAAUUUUGUAAGAUAUUGUAAUUUAUUAUUACAUGUAGCACCAAAUAAUUAUGAUCUGUCAUUUUAAUCCGUUAGUGUACAAAUUGUUCAUUGCACUCUGUGCAAGUAUUAAUCAUUCCAUUUCGUAAAGUGGAAAAGAAGCAUGUGCAAGCGUAAAGGAAAGCCAUUCUGUGUUUGUGUACGUGUACUAUUAUAAAUAAAGAGUGAGUAGUUAACAAAAAUGACCACUGUUAAAUACCGACAUGAAAAAAAAAGUAUUUGUUUUGGGGGUGAAAUAGUUUCAUAUUUAGAAAUGUUAUCCAGCAUUGACGAAAUCCUUUAUAUUGUUAGUGUAUGAAAAAAAAAGAUAUUAUAUAUCAUUAAAUAUAUGUAUUAAUGAAUGU